UUGUUUAAGGUAACAACUUUAAGAUUUUUCCUUAUGAAGAAUAUACUCCCCCCUAUAAGUAUUAUACUUGCAAGUAAGGGAAAAGAACACCAUUUGAAAAGAGAGAGAAAAAAAUGGCUCCAAUAUUGAAGGGUGAUGUAGACAUAGUGAUACCAACCAUAAGAAGUUUGAACUUCUUGGAGAAUUGGAGGCCAUUCUUUGAGCCAUACCAUUUGAUCAUCAUCCAAGAUGGAGAUCCCACCAAGGUGAUAAAGGUCCCUGAGGGCUUCAACUAUGAGCUCUAUAAUCGCAAUGACAUUAACCGGAUUCUUGGUCCUAAGGCCAAUUGCAUCUCCUUCAAGGAUGGUGCCUGUCGUUGCUUCGGAUUCUUGGUUUCCAAGAAGAAGUUCAUCUACACAAUUGAUGAUGAUUGCUUUGUGGCAAAGGAUCCAACUGGGAAAGACAUAGAUGCGUUAGCGCAGCAUCUUGAAAAUCUGACAAAACCAUCCACACCCUACUUCUUCAACACUCUGUAUGAUCCUUACAGAGAAGGUGCUGAUUUCGUUAGAGGUUAUCCAUUUAGCUUGAGGGCAGGUGUGCCGACGGCUGUCUCUCAUGGCCUCUGGCUUAACAUCCCUGAUUACGAUGCCCCCACUCAGCUCGUCAAGCCUCUGGAGCGUAAUAAAACGUAUGUGGAUGCUGUGAUGACAAUCCCAAAAGGGACACUCUAUCCCAUGUGUGCUAUGAACCUUGCGUUUAACAGAGAACUUGUUGGCCCUGCUAUGUAUUUUGGGAUUAUGGGUGAUGGCCAACCUAUUGGUAGAUAUGAUGAUAUGUGGGCUGGUUGGUGUUCCAAAGUGGUGUGUGAUCAUUUAGGUUAUGGAGUGAAGACAGGGCUGCCAUACUUAUGGCACAGCAAGGCUAGCAAUCCAUUUGUGAACCUGAAGAAGGAAUUCAAGGGAUUGUUUUGGCAAGAAGACAUGAUUCCAUUCUUCCAAUCUGUUACCUUACCAAAGGAAUGCACCAAUGCUCAACAAUGUUAUCUUGAACUCGCUAAGCAGGCCAAGGAAAAGCUUGGUCCAAUUGAUCCCUAUUUCCACAAUCUUGCUGAUGCUAUGGUCACCUGGAUUGAGGCUUGGGAAGAAUUCAACACACCAGCAAAGUCCAACGGCGACUCUUCUCAAUCUACUUAGACGACAAGUUUAUUUUGUUUCUUGAUAUUGCAUCUCAAUACCUUUUUAUUAUCGCUUUAAUUCAGUUUUAUUCUGGCUUUUAAAACCUUUUCUUAGUCAGUGUACUAGGAAAUGAGUUUCAGCUGCAGGUUGGCUGUAGCCAUAAAUGUUUACUUCUUCUGUUUGCUUAAGAAAUAAACAAUGAAUUUCAUUUUUAUGUCUUGGCAUUGAUAUAUAGCAUUAUUUC